AUGGCGAAACCCGCAACCGACAUCAUCGUCAAGCAGCAGGAAGAGGCAAAGAGGAGCCUCCCCUUUGCCGACACCCAGGACUUCGCCGACGCAACCAGGAACCUUAUCGCGCCACUCAAGCCCGUCGAUGCCCGUGUCUGGGACGUCAACUGGUACGACUUUCUCAAUGGGGACGCGCCCGACACCGCCAACCCGAGUCUCUGGCGCCAGUGCCAGCUUGCGAACAUUGGCGGGCUCUUCCAGGUCGCCGAAGGCAUCUACCAGGUCCGGGGCCUCGACAUCUCCAACACCACCUUCAUCGAAGGAGACGAGGGUGUGAUCGUCAUCGACCCGCUCAAGUCGCGCGAGACCGGCGCCGCGGCCCUGCAGCUGUACCGCGACCACCGCGGGCCGCGGCAGAUAAAGGCCGUCAUCUACACGCACCCCCACGUCGACCAUUUUGGAGGCGUCAAGGGCAUGGUCACCCAGGAGGACGUCGACGCGGGGCUGCCCAUCAUCGCCCCCGUCGGGUUCCUCGAGCACGCCGUGUCGGAGAACGUGUUCGCGGGCACCGCCAUGGGCCGGCGCGCUGCCUACAUGUACGGCGCCAUCCCCCGCGGCCCGCAGGGCCAGAUCGGCUGCGGACUCGGGCAGGCCGUUUCCAGGGGCGAGGUCACGCUGAUCGCGCCCACGGACAGCAUUGAGACGACGGGAGAGACGCGCACCAUCGACGGCGUCACCAUGGAGUUCCAGAUGGCGCCCGACACCGAGGCGCCCUGCGAGCUGCUCAUCUACUUCCCCCGCCAGCGGGCCCUGUGCGCCGCCGAGGACGCCACGCACACGUUCCACAACCUCGGGACGCUGCGCGGCGCCCUGGUGCGCGACGCGCACGGCUGGGCCAAGUACCUGACCGAGGCGAUCGACCUGUUCGCCAACCGGACGGACGUUGUCUUCGCCUCCCACCACUGGCCGACGUGGGGCGCCGCCAACGUCCGCCGCUUCCUAUCCGUGCAGCGCGACCUGUACGCCUACGUGCACGACCAGACGCUGCGCAUGCUGAACCAGGGGUACACCGGGCCCGAGAUCGCCGAGAAAAUGCGCCUCCCGCCCGCCCUCGAGACCUGGUCCACCCGCGGAUACUACGGCUCACUCAGCCACAACGUCAAGGCCAUCUACCAGCGCUACAUGGGCUGGUUCGACGGCAACCCGGCGCACCUGUGGGAGCACACCCCCGAGGAGCGUUCCAAGCGCUACGUGGACCUCAUCGGCGUCGACAAAGCCGUUGCGGCGGGCGAGGCGGCGUUCAAAGAGGGCGACUACCGCUGGGCGGCCGAGAUCCUCAACCACGUCGUGUUCGCCGACCCCAGUAAUCCGGCGCGCGAGCUGCUCGCCGACACGUACGAGCAACUGGGCUACGGCGCAGAGAACGCCACGUGGCGCAACUUCUACCUCUCGGGCGCCGCGGAGCUGCGCUCCGGCAAGUUUGGCGCCGCGACCGCUGCCUCGCCCGACGUCAUCUCCCAGCUCACGCCCGAGAUGCUGUUUGAUGCGCUCGCCAUCCAGAUAAACGGCCCGGCGGCGUGGGACGUCCAAUUCUCCAUGGACGUGGUCACGGACACGACAUAUCGGGUAUGGCUUUCCAACGGCGCCCUCCUCUACACGAAGGCGCCUCAGACAAACGAUGCCGACGUCAGGAUCACGGCCACGAACCGCUCCCUCACUGCUUUGGCUAUCUACGGGCUCGACCCGGAGCAACUCGAAAAGGCAGGCAUCGUUUUGGAGGGGGACAUCGGGGCUCUGAGACGGCUCCGGGCGCUUCUCGACCCAGGGGACAGAAACUUCAACAUCGUCACGCCGUAG